CGGCCCCGAUUGGUGGGCGCGGCUGUCAGUCGGCGCGGGCCGUGAGGCGGCGGCGAUGUGGGCGCGGGAGCUGGCGGUGUCGGCGCCGGGGAAGGUGAUCCUGCACGGGGAGCACGCGGUGGUGCUGGGCAAGGUGGCCCUGGCUGUGGCGCUGGACCUGCGGACGUUUCUCCGCCUGCGGCCCGGCGCUGAGGGCCGGCUGAGCGUCUGCCUGCCCGGUGUCGGCGUCCGGAGGAGCUGGGACACCCCCGGCCUCCGGGCCCUGCGGGGGCGGAUCGCAGCUGACUUUGAUGAGUCCAAAUCCCCCAGCGCAGAACAGCUGGAUGCACUGAGGGAGUUUGCUGGAAUUGCUGCUGGAGCCUCAGCUCCAGAAAGCCUUGCUACUCUUGCCUUCCUGUAUAUGUGCCUGGCUAUCUCUGCUAAGUAUGGGGAUGUUCCCAGCGUGGAUAUCGUGGUGUGGUCGGAGCUGCCCACAGGAGCAGGGCUGGGAUCCAGUGCUGCCUAUGCUGUGUGCCUGGCUGCAGCCCUGCUCAUGGUGUGUGGAGCCAUCUCCUGCCCACUGCAGGAGGGAGAAUCCACAGCCAGGUGGACAGAAGAAGAGCUGACACUGAUUAACAGCUGGGCCUUCCGAGGGGAGCAGGUGAUCCAUGGCAAUCCCUCGGGUGUGGAUAAUGCUGUUGGUACCUGGGGUGGAGCCCUGAGAUACCAAGCAGGAAAAAUCACACCAUUAAAGAGGGUGCCCACACUGAGGAUCUUGCUGACCAACACAAAAGUCCCUCGGAGCACCAAGGUCCUGGUGGCUGGUGUAAAGGAGAAGAUCCUGAAGUUCCCUGCCAUAAUGAACCCGGUGCUGGACUCCAUUGAUGCCGUUUCUCAGGAGUGCCAAAGUGUUCUGGAAGCCAUGCCUGCAAAUCCAUCACCAGAGCAUUACCCUGUGCUGGAGGAAUUCUUUGACAUAAACCAACACCACUUAAAUGUGCUUGGAGUGGGCCACCCCUCCCUGGACAGGCUGUGCCAGGUGACAGCAUCCCACAGCCUGCACAGCAAACUGACUGGAGCUGGUGGAGGUGGCUGUGGCAUCACCCUGCUGCCACCAGACACCUCCCCGCUGGCCGUGGAAGCAGCCAAGCAAGACUUGUGUGCCUGUGGAUUUGAAUGCUGGGAGACCAAGAUUGGGGCCCCUGGGGUGACCCUGCACUGCUGCUCCUCUCUGAGUGCCCAAGUGCUGCACGAACUCGCCCAGAGCUGAGCUGCUGCUCUGGCAGGACUGAGCUCCUGGCACCACCUCCUCACAGCUGUGUGUGCCUGGAUUACUGGAAACUUCUUUCCCCUCUCCUGUAUGGCUGAGGGCCUCCAGAUGUGGGUAUGGAGCCUGUUUGGAGCCUGGUGUCACUGGGAUUUGGGGCUGUGAUGGGAACCUGGGUGUUUGACCAAGACUCUCAAAAUCCUGGUUUGAAUUUCCUUCCUCAACUGCUAUGCUAAUCCCAGGGGGCAGGAGGAGAGGGGCUUGGCUGGGUUCCAAGGUGGAUAAUGACAUUUUGCUGCUUCAGAUGCAUGUGGUGUCCCCUCCCUCAUCCCUGGUGCCCUGUGAGGGCUGGCAAGGUGGAUGUGCACAGUGCUUUGACAUUUUUGGGUGAAGAGCAUCUUUGCAGCUCAGGGCUUGAUGCUCGAGUCUCUGUUUCUUCUGGACUACAUUCCCAGUGAAGAGGAAACCUUUAAUACACCUCUGACCUGCUAUUAAUUAAGUGUUGGGUAAUUAAAAUGCAAGAUAAAGCAAAAUUCUGGUGAAAUUACUGGUUUUCACUCUUUUCCAUAAUCUCUGCCUGGGCUGAUAAGCAGAGUCCUGUAGUCAGGCUCUGGUUUUUAUUCACAUGUGCAAGGUCUGGCUCAAACAGCACCUGCAGGAAGGGCAGCUCCAGGCCAAGGGCAGGCAUAAAAUUCCUCCUUGUAAAAGCUGUUCUCUCACACUUCAAUUUUGAACCAACAUGUCCCUGACCCUGCCUGGUGUUGGGUUUACUUUGGUGUAAUUAAGUAGGGGAAAGAAACCCAAACCACGUCCUCAAAAGCUCACCAUAAGUUGCAGUUGACAAACUCUAAAACCUAAAUGCAUUUAGAAUUAUUACACAAAUGUAAAUGCAUUUUUUACUCCUGAAAUUUUAAUGAGCUGUGCCACAGAAUGAAAGGGAAGUGGCUGAGGCCAGAAUCUCUGGCAGUCAUGAGCUGACUCUGAGGGACUGUGGUCUCUGCUGUACCUGCCAAAGGGGUUUUAUCAUUGCUCUGUUUGUCCAGGGUGGGUUUCUUAAGUGGGUUUUUAAGUGUAGCUGUGUUCAAGAAUCACCUCACUCAAAGCUGAGUAAUGAAUUGGCAGAGGUGGGGAACUUGCCUUCCCCUUCCAGCCCAGGGAUAAAAAAAAUCAAGUGUGAGAAGCUGAGAUGGUCCAGCUCUAACCCCCCAGCAUCAUGGUGACCAGCUGUAGUUCCCUGAUCCCAUGUAAAACUGCCUCUGGUUUUAAUAAAUCCAUGUUUUUUUUAUGUGCAAAGUGUUCUUUGAUAAUUAUGCUGGAUACAAAAGGAAAAAAGCACCUUACACUGCUUCAGGAAAGCAGGUCUCAGAUGCUGCCUUUCUACAUGUCUAAUUACAAUUCCAAUUUGCAUCUGAGAGCGGCUUUACACUAAUCACAAGUCAGAAAGGCUGAUAAAUAAUUUACCAUUUUCUAAUACAGUGUAAUCAAUGUGAGGAUCUGGGAGCAUGUUGACUUUAACCACUUACAUGUGUCGACUUUGUGAUGUUGGCACAAAGAGAUGCCAGAUCCAGCACGGGGAACUUCCCUUCAAAACAGCACGGCUGGGGCUGAGGGGAAAUUCACAGAAUCCCAGGAUCAUUCAGCUUGGGAAGACUUUCCAAGGUCAUCAAGUCCAACCUGAAAUCCCCACUUUCCCACCCAGCCCAGAGCACUGAGUGUCACAUCCAGGUGUUCCUUGGAUGCUUCCAGGGAUGGGGACUCCAAACCUCCCCGGGCAGCCUCUGCCAAGGCCUGACCACCAUUUCCAUGAGGAAAUUCCUCCUGAUGUCCAACCUGGACCAGCCACCUCAGCAGGGCUCCUCCAGCAGCGCUCAUCCUGCUCUGCCCCGUGGCACAGUGGAAGUGGUGACAUUCCAGGCCGGGGAGGGAGGUGGCAGUGUCAUGGCAGGAGGGUGACACAGGCACUGCUGGGAUCUGCCUUCCCUGUGCCACAGGCACCAGAUCUGCCGAAGUCAGCAACUGGAGCCAGUCCCAGUCUGGAGUGAGCACAGAUUUCACAUCCAUCUGUGAGCACGGGAGUGCCCAUUGCCUCCUUUCCAAACUCCUCCUUCACCAGCUCCAUCAAACGCUUUGCAGGGACAGCGGGAUCACCCGAGGGUGGCUGGAAUGUUUCUGGCCCCACCCCUUCCCUUACACCGAGUCACAACCUCCUGCUGGGACUCCUGAGCCCUGGGACACAGGGAAACCAUCCCUGCCCUCCUCGGCAGGAGCAGCUGCUGCCGUGGGACUGAUGCCCCACGGGGACGUGGAAUGGGGCAGGAUGAGGCACAGCCCUGUCUCUCGUGUGUUUUGCUGCUUUGGAAGCAGAACUGAAGCCUGUGGAGCGUGUUCUCCCCGGGGAUCAGCCCCUCCUCUCCCAGGCACCCCGCGGGACGGAUGUGCAGCAGGGCAGCGAUUGCUGCUGAAGGAUUAGCCUGGUAAUUUGGCUAAUUUUUCUUGAGCUUCAUUUUUCACAUUACGAGCUCUGCAGCAAGACUAACGAGCCUGGCUUUGCCUCUAAUAGCCAGCACAGGGAUGGGGAGGGGAGGCUGUGCUCCAGCUUAAAGGAGGGAUUGAAGAAUUGCAAAACGUGGGUCCGGUGAGAGCUGGGGGUCACCGGUGCUUAAUGACAACAAAAAGGAAAACACUUUGUACAGAAACACCUUUUCAAAUCUUCCUUGUCCUUCACAAGCAGUGCCCGGGGCAGCAUCGUGUCUCCCCCCAUCCCUGGGGAAUGUCCCGGUGCCCCGGAGGGCUCCUGCCCCCUGAGCCGACCCGGCGCUCCCCGCCCAGCCCCGGCAGGCACAGAUGGAAUUAUUGUUUGUUUGCACUCGGUGUCAGCAGUGCCUUCUUUCUGCUCCGCUGGGUAGAUGCUGAGGAGGCAGUGACAUUAUUGGAGAUCACGGAGAGAGCAGGAGCAGGGUCAGGGAGAGAGAGGAAAUGUCAGCGCGCACUCACGGGGGCUGGGGGGCUGCUCACACCCCCGGGGGGCUCCUGCUGCUCCAGGGGUCCCUCCUGGGGACAGGAGGUGCCACUGGGACUCCCUGCAGGGCCAGUGCCAUGUCCUCGGACACAUCUGGAGGGUUUGGGGGUGUGGGAUGAGUAGGGAACCCCCCCAGAUCCAUUUUAAGGGUGAUUUGUGCAUCUGGCACCUCCCUUGUCUCCUCUUCCCAUCCCCAGGGAUUUCGGGGCUCCCCCAUUCCCUGGGCUCGUGGGGAGCCCGUCCCCCCUGUCCCUCCCUGUCCCCCCCAUCCCUCUCCCCUCCCAGCACGCUGAAGGUUUUGAAAGUUAAGUAUUACCGUCUGCUUUGUUGUUGCCUAACUACGACAGACAAAUUGAGAACUAGUUGUCAAAAUGUCAGUGCACAACAAAUCAACAUUCAAAAUGAGUCUCAGCGCUAUGUGGUGUAUAAUUAAAAAAAAAUCCUUUUUAGAAAUUUCAGCAAGCGUUGGCUCUGCUUUAUAUUUGUCUGUGUGAUUAAUAAAGGCAGCUAAUUUUCAGACUUUAAAAACAGCUAGAAAAUAGCUCCUAAUUACAUAUUAGGUUCCAAGCGGCCCCCGCUGAGCAAGGCUGGUAUUGGUGGGCCAGAGAAUUUGGCAGGGGCUUAAUUACAUUCUGAGCAUCAUCUAAUUUUAGUUAAAUGUAAUGUAAUCAGCAGCAGAUGUCUGAAAUAAAAUAUGAAUUAUGAAUAUGAUGAAAUUUCAUUCUUGAAUAAAAAAGUAAUUUGC